CGAUGCUGGCUGGUGGUGCUGAUGCUUAUGCUGUUGACGCCAAUUCUGCUGCUGCUGAUGCUGGUGCUGGUGCUGGUGUUGAUGCUGCUGUCGGUGCUGCUGCUGCUGCUGCGGUGCCGUCUGAUCGUUCUGGUGACGCUGUUGUUUGUGCUUCUGCUUCCACUGCUUCUCCUAACGCCAGUCUCAAUGCCUCUGCUACCGUGCUGACGGCUGCUCGUUGCCCCACAAGCGAGCAAGAGCUCCAUGGCAUGCCGCUGGCGGGCGCUGGUGGCCCACAGCCACACGUUGCUUCUCACCUGCGAUUUCCAGUGGAUGAGAACGUUGACGGCAGACGGUUUCCAGAGGAUGAGCACGCUGGCAUGUUCAUGAGUGCUCGUGGCCCUGUGAACGAGCACGCACUGCAUGGCACGGUGGCUUAUGCAGUGCAACCUUCUGAGGCUCCCCACGAUGCUUCUGCUGGCAUGUUCAUGACUGCUACAGGCUCUCACCUGCCCUGGAACAACAGAAAGCGGCGUUGGAACCAGCACAGCCAUAACCAUGGGGAUGGGCAUGGGCAUGGGCAUGGGCAUGGGCAUGGGCAUGGGCAUGGUACACAAAACUACGUGCCAUCAUUCAGUGAGAGCGAUGUCUACCUGCCAACAUACGAUGACAUGAAGGGGCGGUGUGUGAAGCUGGUGUCCAACAAGCACCUUGCCUCGCUGGCUACCAAAGCCUGUGUGCCUGCCUUUGUUCGGUGAAGCCAUUUAGGCCCUCUGACUGGGUGGGCCCUCUCCUUCCUCCCUCCCAUGCUGUGCUGCUGCUGGCUGACUCCCUCUCUCUCUCCCUCUCCCAACCACACUCACACUCACUCUCACUUGCCCAACCACACCCCUUCUCAAACACACAAUCACGAACGGCUGUACCUCCUGCCUCUCACGCUCAAACG